CUCGUAUCGUCAUCAUCGUCAUGUCCUCUCCGGCAGAGUUCCAGCUCGCAUCGCCGCCCAGCGACGGCAUCUCGAGCGUCACCUUCGCCCCCGCUGGCUCGUUGAACACGGACAUGCUUCUCGCUUCGUGCUGGGACUCGACGCUGCGGCUGUACAAUGCUGCGACAAACACGCUGCUGGCCAACUUUGCUCAUGCAAGCGCAGUGCUCGACAGCACGUUCGGGCCAGAAGGACGAGUAUGCUAUAGUGGAGCUGUGGAUGGCUCGUUAUCAUCGUGUGACAUUACGACAGGCGCACAGUCCACGCUCGGAGGGCACGCGCAAGGCAUCCGCUGCGUUAAAUUUGACCCGGCAACAGGGCUCGUGGUGACGGGCAGUUGGGAUGAAAGCGUCAAGCUCUGGGAUGCGCGCACAGCGCGUUGCGUCAGUACCCACCAGCAAUCUGCCAAGGUCUUUGCCAUGGCAUGCACCAGCGACAGCAAGCUCAUUGUUGGCACGGCCGACCGUCACAUUCUGAUUUGGGACUUGCGGAAGAUGGAAUCGGUUUUGCAACGGCGCGAGUCCUCGCUCAAGUUCCAGACGCGAUGCAUUCAGCCCUUUUCCAACGGGCAUGGCUACGUUCUUGGGUCCAUUGAAGGUCGCAUUGCUGUCGAGUACAUUGAUCCCAGCCCGGCAGUGCAACAGAAAAAGUAUGCCUUCAAGUGCCAUCGCGUCCCCAUCAACGGCGUCAACACAAUCUACCCUGUCAACUCCAUCUCCUUCCAUCCACUAUACAACACGUUCGCUUCUGGCGGCGGCGAUGGUAUUGUUUCAAUUUGGGAUGGACUGAACAAGCGGCGUAUUUGCCAACUGCGUCCCUAUCCAACAAGCAUUGCCUCACUGGCGUUCAACCAUGACGGAAGCUUGCUAGCGAUUGCAUCCUCCUACACCUUUGAAGAGGGUGAAAAAGACAUGCCAAAUGAUGCCAUCUUUAUUCGACGCAUCACAGACGCCGACGUUCAACCCAAGUGAGAAAGUGAGAGGGUUGUUGAAGCUCGUCGGGUUGCAUGAUUGUAUUGCCUGGGGUUGAAGCUUUUGGUGGAUUGAUGGAUUGGGAAAUGGUCAAUGAUUACAAACUUGUGGAUUUCAAA